GAAGUUCAAGGGGAAGCAAUGGAAACUGAUUCAAUCAGAGGACAAACGUUUUGUUUCACAUUAGGACCAGUCAUAUUGCUGCCUUCCUCAAAGCCAUAGCACAGCGUAUGUAUACUUCUGGAGGCAGGCAAAGCUAAUACAGGAUGCAACCCACUGUAUUAAACCAGCUCUUUCCAUAACUCAGAGGGACUUGCUCAUCAAUGGCAGGUGAUAUCACAUAUGCGGACGUGGCAAUGCUACCGAGGGAAAGAUCACACGUUCCUUCUCGGACUUCAGUUCCAGGAAACAUGAUCACGUACGCUGAGCUGCGCGUGAAGCCGAAACCCAACGGGAACAGCAGAUCAGAGAUUUCCGCUUCUGUUUGUGCACUGAUGAUUGCCACUCUCCCCGUAUUGAAGGACAUGUGCCAGACAAGGUCAGGCCCACAGAACUUUGUGAGCUGAAAGGGAACAUUACAAAAUAUAUCUCAGGCAGCCGGAGAAUGGAGCAGUUGCUCACCUCAUGCAGGCAAGGCUGCCGACACGGGUGCUCAGCCUGGUUCUACGUGGCGCUGGUCCUGGGAGUCCUUGUGCUCGCCCUGCUAGGCACCACAGCCGUACUAGCCACGCGAUUUUUGAAGGACGGAGCAGGAAAGUCAGAAGGUUUGUCCCAGUAUGGUCUCAAUAGCACUGGCAAUGACAUUUUUUCAGAGAAGACUGUCUCGGCAGUGCUCCUGAAACAGCUCAUGGAGGAACUGUGUGAAGAUGGAAAGGGAACAACAUGUGAGCUCUGUCCUCCCGGGUGGCAACUACACAGGGGAAGAUGUUACUACUUCUCCGAGGAUGCUGUAAGCUGGGAUGACAGCCAGAGAAACUGUCUGGCCAGGAAAUCCCAGCUUCUUGUCAUUGAAGAUGAAAUUGAGAUGGAAUUUAUAGACAAUAAAGAGAAAGACACCAAAUAUAUCUGGAUUGGGUUGAAGGCUCAAGACAUGAAGAAACAAUGGAGUUCAGUUGAAGAUACUGGAGUAAAAGAAAACAGGAUAGCUAUAAAUAGAAUUGAGCAUGACAAGAACUGUGCUGUUUACAGAAGAAAAAACAUGAUCCAAAGAGAUAACUGCCAGACUUUAAAGAAGUGGAUCUGUAAGAAGAACGCAACUCUGUUGGUGCUCUGAGCCAAAUUGUCGGACAACAGGCAGAGCUUUUUGUCGGAAGACCCAUUUUACUGAUAAAACAACAUGUGAUGUAAAUAUUUUUAUGAGACUUGCACAGAAAUUUGCAUUUCGCCGAUCUGUGCUCCCUAAGGCUUUGUCUGAUGCAAACAGGGAACUCUGAAGUUGCCAGGCAUCAGCGUGAAGGUCACACAAUAGGACUGCAAGUCAGCACAUGUGGAUUUAGGGGUGCUGAGCCUCCCCACGGACAGACGUUGGCUGCAGCUGCCUUGAGGAAAGGGCAGGGGAGAAGAGGUACUCCUAUGGGGAUGACCACUGUGCACAUGAACCGUGUGAUGUGCAGGAAAGAUGCCAUCUGCGGGGGCUGAAGAGUGUGUCAGAGCCCACUGCUGUCAUAUAGAUCCCCUCAGGCAGCCGCUGACUGAGGCACUGUUUAUUUGGGUUUCAGUAUUUUAGUGUUUUCUGAAGUUUGUGGGGUUUUUUCCUUACAGCCUAAUUGUAACUUACAGAAGCUACUCGACGGCUGGGAAAAAUGCAUUUAUUAGUGUCUUCUACUUAUUCAGAGCUGAUCUGCACAGCUACUGGGUAUACAGACACCAAACCAGGCAUGAAGUGACUCAUAACACUUGUGGUUAAUAAGCUGCUGGCUCCCAUCUUCUUCUGAUGCUGAACCUUUGGAUCUGAAAGAAAGCUCUUAACUAGGGAAAGGGCUUGGACCAUAAGACAGCAUUGCAGUGCAAGGAAAUGAAGAUGAUAGCCUGCCUUUCCACUUAAAUUUUGUCCCUUUACAUUGCAAAUUCUUUAAUGUGGAACCAUAGCUACUGCCUGGAAGUUAUGAUGAAGCGGUACUGAAGCUAACAGGUGAUGAAAUUAAUGCCUGUGGGUGUACUCAAUAAAUACAUUACUUGGGCAUUCAAGUGUCAUGGGUACAUGCUAUUUCUGGAUCUAGAAUACAAAAAUGCUAAGAGCAGUCUGACUUAGUGCCUUAAUUAGAUUCAUAUAUUUGAAAAAAAAUGAACAAAUGUCAUGACCUGUUUU